UAGAUAUCAAAUGGUCAAAGAUUUAAAAACUUGAAUUGUAGACAUUGAUGGAUACAAUCAAAGAUACAAUUUUCUACAUAUAUUAUAAUUCUCUUUGGAUACAAUAUUGAUAUUAUUGUUUACAUCAGAACCGUGUUAAUUUAUAGUGUUUCAAGAACUAAAUUCACUAUGGUGCUAACCAAAGAAGUGGAUUUACCACAAUUUACAACAUUGACAGUACCAGAGAUUAAUGUGUCGACAGCAACAUUAAUGGCCGCAGCUCCUUACCUCGGAAAACAUUGCGAAAGCGUCAACAAUGAAUUCAUGCUGUGUCGUCAAGAGUUGAAUGAUCCACGUCCAUGCAUCGAACUCGGUAAACGAGUUACCGCAUGUGCGAUGCAAGUGUUUAAGAAGAUCAAGAAAGAAUGUAAGGAUGAAUUUAAUCAAUAUGCUAACUGUGUUGACAAAAGUUCUGGAGAUUAUGGCUUUAAGGAUUGCCGUAAAACUCAGGCUGUGUUUGAUACAUGCAUGAUGGAAAAACUAUGCAUGGAACGGCCCGAUUUUGGGUAUUUCUGUCGGGGGCGUAUCCAUAAGAGUCCCAGUGCACCACCGACACCGCCGCCAUGCCCCUGUCACCCGAAGGUACCUGAUGCGACUCCUUCCCUUCCAGAUUGUAAACCGCGUUAUCCUGCACGCUUUGGUGGUCGUUCUUAUUAUAUGACAGAAUAAUAAAAUUGCAAAAUUUGAUGUA